UACUUGUGUCAGCCCAUUUCUUACCUUCUCUCUUCCGUAGACAUAUUUUCUUCGUCCUCUUUGUAAAUGGGCGAGUCUAAAUGAGACCAAAUCCCUUCACGCCAUUAUCAAAUUUGUCCCAAAGGCUCUAUCCAAGAUUGGGUCUUUCGCUUUAAUUUCAUAAUAUUAUCCAAGAUGCUCUCAACCACCAGCAGAUGCCUUACUAAUUUUCGGCUUCAUCGGCUAUUGGGUUUUUUUGAUUCGGUUUCUUAUACUAGUUCUACCAGUACACACGCCAGAGGUAAAAGCAAAUCUUAUUCAUUCGAUAACAUUGAUGAAGCUUUGGCUUCUUUCCAGUUGAUGCUUCAUAGUAAUCCCUCACCAUCUAUUGUGGAAUUUAAUAAAUUAUUAUCUGCACUUGUUCGAAUGAAACGUUAUGAGACUGUAAUUUCUCUUUACAAACAGAUGGAAUUGUUUGGAAUUUCACUCGAUAUCUGUUGUAUAAAUAUUUUGACUAAUUGCUUUUGCCAUCUGGACCGCGUGGAUUUUGGGUUCUCUCUUUUGGGGAAAAUCUUCAAACUUGGUUUUCAGCCUACCAUUACAACGCUUACUACAUUGAUCCAUGGGCUUUGUAGAGAUGAUAGAUUUGAUGAAGCUGUGGAAUUAUUUGAUGAAAUCGUUGCAAAAGGGUAUAAACCUGAUGUCUAUAGCUAUAACGUGAUUGUGAAUGGUCUGUGUAAAAUUGGAAAAACCAAUGUGGCCUUGGGUAUUCUGAAAAGAAUGGUCGAGGAAGGUUGUGAACCUGAUGUGGUGUCAUUUACUGCUAUCAUUGACAGCCUUUUUAAGGAUAGAUUGGUGACUGAGGCAUUAGAGCUCUUCUUCAAAAUGUUGAAAGCCGACAUCAGGCCAGAUCAAAUUACCUUCAAUAUAUUGGUUGAUGGUCUUUGUAAGUGUGGAAUGGUUUCAAAGGCUUGUGGUAUUGUCAAAUUGAUGAUUCAGAGAGAAAUAAAGCCUAAUGUUGUGACUUACAGCUCUUUAAUCUAUGGUCUGUGCAAUUCAGGCCGAUGGGAAGAAGCUUCUAUGCAGCUCGAUGAAAUGUUGAAAGCGAGCAUCGCACCAAAUUUAAUUACCUUCAACAUAUUGGUUGAUGGACUUUGUAAGGAAGGAAGGGUUGCAAAGGCUCAUGGUAUAGUCAAAUGGAUGAUUCAAAGAGGAAUAGAAUUCAAAGAGGAUAAAAGCCUGAUGUUGCAAAACAUCAAUGAAAUGUUGGAAGCAAACAUCACUCCAGAUUUAAUUACCUUCAAAAUAUUGGUUGAUGGACUUUGUAAAGAAGGAAGGGUUUCUAAAGCUCAUGGCAUAGUCAAAUGGAUGAUUCAAAGAGGAAUAAAGCCUAAUGUUGUGAUUUAUAACUCUUUGAUGGAUGGAUAUUGUCUACUCAACAAAAUGGAUCAAGCUAGGGAAGUUUUUGACAUGAUGCUAAGCAAGGGCGAUACACCUAAUGCUGUUACCUACAGUAUGUUGAUUGACUGUUACUGUAGGAGAAAAAGGAUAGAUGAAGCGAUGAGGCUUCUUGAUGAAAUGUCUUGCAAAGGAUUGAUUCCUGAUCAUGUCACUUAUGGUUCUCUUAUAGGUGGCUUGUGUAAAGCAAAGAGCCCUCAGGCUGCAUAUAAGUUUUUUAAAACCUUGUGUGCUAGUGGCCAUUCUCCAGAUGUGGUAACUUACUCGAGUUUGAUCGAUGGCUUCUGUAAGCAUCGGUGUCUAGAUAUGGCGUUGACCCUAUUUCAUCAAAUGCAAAAUAAUUUAUUGAAGCCUGAUCUUAUUGUCUAUAAUACCUUAAUUAAUGGUAUGUUCAAAGUUGGAAAAGUUGAAGAUGCAAAGGAACUGUUUUCUAGACUUUCCAUAGAAGGGUUGCAGCCUGAUGAUUUCACAUACAAUAUAAUGAUCAAUGGACUUUGUAAAGAUUGUAAAGAAAAAAAGAUUACUAGAUGA